AUGUCGCGGGCUUCACCCGCCCGUGCUGUCCCCAGCCAGCGGAUCCAUGUCCAGACCCGGGCUGAGCUCUGCGGGCUGGCUCUGCGACCGCCAGGCAGCCCCGGCUGCUUUCGCCUGUCGUCCUUGGUGAAGGUGACCUUCCUGCAAGCCCAUAUGGGGAGAACGGUGGGGUGGAUCCCGAUCGAUGGAGUUCUCCCUAUAAAUCAGGACAUCUGCCUAAAAAUGUGGUCUCUGUGGUGUGCUGGAGAAGAGAAGCGGGUCGGUACGCGCACUGUGGUGGUUGGGCACCGUCCAGUUUUGGAAACAGAUGCGUACGUGGCACAGAAGUUUUGCGACAACAGGAUCGUCUCCUCCAAGUACACCCUCUGGAACUUCCUCCCGAAGAACCUUUUUGAGCAGUUUAGAAGAAUUGCCAACUUCUACUUCCUCAUCAUCUUCCUCGUGCAGGUGAUAGUGGACACCCCGACUAGCCCGGUGACCAGUGGCCUCCCCCUUUUCUUUGUCAUCACUGUCACAGCUAUCAAACAGGGAUACGAGGACUGGCUGCGGCACAGAGCUGACAACGAAGUGAACAAAAGCAAUGUCUUCAUUGUCGAAAACGCAAAGCAAGUGCAGAAAGAGAGUGAAAAAAUCAAGGUUGGAGACAUAGUAGAAGUGAAAGCAGACGAGACCUUCCCCUGUGACUUGAUAUUUUUGGCCUCGAGCAGCAUGGACGGGACCUGUUAUGUCACUACAGCGAGUCUUGAUGGCGAGUCCAAUUUCAAGACUCACUAUGCAGUGCGGGACACCACUGUGCUCUGUACGGAUGAAGCCAUCGAUGCCCUCACCGCCACGAUCGAGUGUGAACAACCGCAGCCGGACCUCUACAAAUUUGUUGGAAGAAUUAUCAUCUACAGAAGCAACCAAGAGCCCGUAGCCAGGUCUUUGGGUCCUGAAAACCUGUUGCUGAAAGGUGCUACCCUCAAAAAUACCAAGAAGAUUUAUGGAGUUGCAGUCUAUACUGGAAUGGAAACGAAAAUGGCUUUGAACUACCAAGGGAAAUCUCAGAAACGGUCUGCUGUAGAAAAAUCUAUCAACGCUUUCUUGAUAGUGUAUUUGUGCAUCCUAUUGAGCAAGGCUACUGUGUGCACGACUCUGAAAUAUGUCUGGCAGAGUAAUCCAUUUAAUGAUGAGCCUUGGUACAACGAAAAGACUAAAAAAGAGAGAGAGACGUUCAAGGUCUUACGGAUGUUCACAGAUUUCUUGUCAUUUAUGGUCCUCUUCAAUUUUAUUAUCCCGGUCUCCAUGUAUGUUACAGUAGAGAUGCAGAAGUUCUUGGGUUCCUUCUUCAUCUCUUGGGACAAGGAGAUGUAUGACGAAGAAAUAAAAGAGGGGGCAUUGGUGAACACCUCAGACCUGAAUGAAGAGCUCGGGCAGGUGGAGUAUGUCUUCACGGACAAAACCGGAACCCUGACGGAGAACAGCAUGGAGUUCAUCGAGUGCUGCAUAGAUGGGCACACGUACAAAGACUGCAUUUCGGAGGUGGAUGGCUUCUCUCAGACUGAUGGACCUCUAAAAUAUUAUGGCAAAGCAGAAAAGAGCCGCGAGGAGCUGUUCCUGCGAGCCCUCUGCCUCUGCCACACCGUUCAGAUCAAGGAAGCAGACCAGGUGGAUGGGCUGAUGGGACAUCCAGAACGCAAAUACAGCUAUAUCUCCUCUUCCCCAGAUGAAAUUGCUUUGGUGAAAGGCGCAGAAAAGUAUGGUUUCACUUUUCUAGGACUUGAAAACGAUUUCAUGAAAAUACAAAACCAAAAGAAUGAAACUGAAAUGUACCAACUCCUCCAUGUGUUGAACUUUGAUCCUGUCCGUCGCCGUAUGAGUGUCAUUGUGAGAACCACCACAGGAAAGUUACUUCUCUUCUGUAAGGGAGCAGACUCCUCUAUUUUUCCAAGGGUGCAGCAAGAAGAAAUCCAACAAACGAAAGUCCAUGUGGACCGCAACGCUGUGGAUGGCUACCGAACGCUUUGCGUGGCAUUCAAAGAACUAACUCAAAAGGAGUAUGACAAAAUUGACAAACAGCUUAAUGAAGCUAAGAUGGCUCUGCAGGACAGGGAGGAAAAGAUGGCGAAGGUGUUUGAAGACACAGAAGCAGACAUGCACUUGAUUGGGGCUACUGCUGUAGAAGACAGGCUGCAGGAGCAGUCGGCAGAGACGAUCGAAGCUCUGCACACAGCUGGCAUGAAGGUUUGGGUGCUGACGGGAGACAAGAUGGAAACUGCCAAAUCCACCUGCUAUGCCUGCAGGCUUUUCCAGACCAGCACCGAGCUGCUGGAGCUGACGGCAAAAAUGGUGGGGGAGAGCGAACGAAAGGAGGAUCGGCUCCAUGAGCUGCUGAUGGAGUACCAUAAAAAGUUGAUUCAGGACGUUCCCAAAAACCGAAGAGGCCUGAAGAGAAGCUGGACAUUGAGUCAAGAAUACGGCUUGAUUAUAGAUGGCUCAACGCUGUCGCUGAUACUCAACCCUUCUCAGGACUCCAGUUCUAGCAAUUACAAAAACAUAUUUCUACAAAUCUGCUUGAAGUGUACUGCAGUCCUCUGCUGCCGGAUGGCUCCUUUGCAGAAAGCACAGAUUGUGCGAAUGGUGAAGAACACAAAAGGGAGCCCGAUAACACUCUCCAUAGGAGAUGGUGCAAAUGAUGUUAGUAUGAUUUUGGAAGCACAUGUUGGAAUAGGUAUAAAAGGCAAAGAAGGACGACAGGCUUCCAGAAACAGCGACUAUGCUGUGCCAAAGUUUAAACAUUUAAGAAAAUUGCUACUAGCACAUGGGCAUUUAUAUUACGUGAGAAUAGCACACCUUGUACAGUAUUUCUUCUAUAAGAACCUUUGCUUCAUUUUGCCGCAGUUUUUAUACCAGUUCUUCUGUGGAUUCUCACAGCAGCCCCUGUAUGAUGCUGCUUAUCUUACCAUGUACAACAUCUGCUUCACAUCACUACCUAUCCUGGCGUACAGCCUCCUGGAGCAGCAUAUCAACAUCGACAGGCUGACCUCAGACCCACAGCUGUAUAUGAAGGUUUCGGAUAAUGCAAUGCUGCAGUGGAGGCCGUUCCUGUACUGGACCUUUCUGGGCGCCUUUGAAGGACUUGUGUUUUUCUUUGGGGUUUAUUUUCUUUUUCAAAAUUCAUCGUUGGAAGAUAACGGAAAGGUUUUUGGGAAUUGGACCUUUGGGACGAUUGUAUUCACCGUGCUGGUGUUCACCGUCACUUUGAAGCUAGCGUUAGAUACCCGAUUCUGGACGUGGAUGAACCACUUUGUGAUUUGGGGCUCCCUUGCCUUCUAUGUGUUUUUCUCGUUCUUUUGGGGAGGAGUCAUUUGGCCUUUCUUGAAGCAGCAAAGAAUGUAUUUUGUAUUUGCCCAUAUGCUGACUUCUGUUUCCACGUGGCUGGCAAUAAUUCUCCUGAUCUUUAUCAGCCUUUUCCCAGAAAUUCUUCUAAUAGUUUUAAAAAAUAUAAAAGAGAAAAAUCAUGAG